CGCCGGAGUUCGAUCAAAGUUCUGAGGGAAAGUGAUAGGUCCAGGUAAACGGACUUGACCGAGUGCGGGACACGUUCGUGUUUUAUGAUUUCCGGUUCGGUGGACGAGGUAAUUCGCGGUGGACGAGGUUUCGCGCGCCGCUGGAACUUUUUUUUGUUGUUGUUUUUUUAAAUUCUGGCCAAGACGGCGACCGAGUGAGAACGGAACCGGACCAACCCGCUCCAUGUGAACUGGUACCAAACAAGAGAUGGUGUUAAGAUGGAGGCGCUUCUGUGGAUCUUGGUUCUGUGGCUGAUUCCGCACGGGUCGAGAGGAGGUGAAGUGUCUUUCACCAGACACCCCUCCAACCAGACGGUGACCCAGGGCAACGUGGUCCAGCUGGGCUGCGCCGUGGAGGGUCUGUCGGACCCCGACAUCGUGUGGAUGAAGGAUGGGGAGAAACUUUACAGCACAGACCAGAUGUUCAUCAUCCUGGGGGAGCAGCACGUGGAGACCUACCACAGCGUGAAGUCAGUCCAGCAGCAGGAUGCCGGCGUGUACUGGUGCGAAGUGGACCAUGGCGGCCACACGGUCUCGUCACAGAAGGCCUGGAUCACAGUGGAAGGAAUACCUCAUUUCAUCCAGGAGCCGCAGGAUGUGUCCACGUUUCCAGGCGCGCCCUUCAACCUCACCUGCGCUGCUGUGGGUCCACCAGAGCCUGUGGAGCUGCUGUGGGUGCUGGGGGGUGUGAUGGUGGGAGACGCCCAACCCUCCCCUUCGGUGCUGCUCGUGCAGGGUGUUAACAGCAGCAUGAAGUUUCAUUGUGAAGCUAAGAACUCCAGGGGAAUCUCAGUGUCCCGGACCGGAACUGUCCACAUCAAAGUUUUACCAUCAGCUCCAGUGGAUCUUCAGGUGAUGGCGACGGACAACAAUGUCACGUUGUCAUGGAAACCUGGAUUCACAGGCCACUCGGAGUUGUCCACCUGUAUCGUCCAGCUCUCCAGGGUGACCCCCUGGAGGAGGGACCUCCCGCAGCAGAAGGUUCUGGUUCCCCCUCACCAGCUGGUUCUGCCUGGACUGAGAAGUCACGCCAACUACAGUGCCAGAGUGUCAUGCGUCAAUGAGGUGGGAGCUUCACCCUUCUCCACCUGGCUGCAGUUCCUCACGCCGGAGGCAGCUCCAUCCACGGCUCCGAGGAAUUUGACCUUUGAACUGACGGAGAAGUUGCUGACCCUGAAAUGGGCGGAGCUUCAGGAGGAGGAGCUCCAGGGGAACCUGGUAGCCUACAAGGUCCAGUGGACUCGGGGUGGAGAACAGCAGGAGCCGCUGCUGUUCAAACAGGCUGGUGGUCACCUGCUGGGGGGAGGACGCUUCUUCAACUCAUCAGUCCAGGUGGCCGCGUGCACGUCGGUGGGCUGUGGACCCUGGAGCCCCCCGGUUCUGGUGCUGCCCUCUGCAGUACCAGUCCAGGCUCAGCGCAGCCACACUUGGGUCGGAGUUCUGUUCGGGCUGCUGGUAUUGACCGUGCUAGGCCUCCUCUUCUCCAUGUUUGCCCGCCGACGCGGGAAGGAGACACAGUUCGGAACCGCCUUCUAUCCUCCGGGAGCGGACAGCCUGGUGUCCUUCACUGCAGCUCGCUCCUUCAACAGGAACGGUGCAGCUGAACUUCCAGAGUCCACGUUGGAUAGUCUGGGGGUCAGCGAUCAACUGAAGAACAAGCUGAAGGACGUCUUGAUCCCGGAGCGGUUGCUGUCGCUCGGCCACAUGCUGGGGAAAGGUGAGUUUGGCUCGGUGCGGGAGGCCCUGCUGAAGUCAGAGGACUCGUCGGUCCAGAAGGUGGCAGUCAAAGUGCUAAAAUCGGACGUCACAUCCUCGGGUGACAUCGAACAGUGCCUGAAAGAGGCUGCCUAUAUGAAGGACUUCCACCAUCCGAAUGUCAUCCAGCUGAUCGGAGUGAGUCUACACCGGCGUCCUGGCCAGCGACUCCCCGUCCCCAUGGUGGUGCUGCCGUUCAUGAAGCAUGGAGACCUGCACACCUUCCUGUUGCUGUCGCGACUCGGAGAGCAGCCAUUUGACCUGUCUCUCCAGACGCUGGUCCAGUUUAUGCUGGAUGUGGCUCGGGGAAUGGAGUACCUCAGCAGCCGCAGCAUCAUCCACAGAGACCUGGCCGCCCGGAACUGCAUGCUGGAUGAGAACAUGACAGUGUGUGUCGCAGACUUUGGACUUUCCAAGAAGAUCUACAGUGGAGAUUACUACCGACAGGGUUCUGUCUCCAAACUACCUGUCAAAUGGAUCGCCCUGGAGAGCCUGGCCGACAAUGUGUACACAACACAGAGUGACGUGUGGGCGUUUGGAGUGACCAUGUGGGAGGUCAUGACCCGAGGUCAGACCCCUUACCCUGGUGUGGAGAACUCCGAGAUCUAUGAGUAUCUGAUCAAAGGAGAGCGACUGAAGAAACCCCCGGACUGUCGGGAGGACAUUUAUGACAUCAUGCACAGCUGCUGGAGUCCAGUCCCGAAAUGUCGCCCCAGUUUCCAACAUUUGGUGAACCAGCUGGAGGGGCUGUGGCUCAGCUUGUCCCCCGCCCCUCCGCCCAAGGAUACUUUACUCUAUGUCAACCUGGAAGGGAGUGGGGAGGCGUCGUCGGCAGCGGGGAGCAGCUGGGGUGCCCCCUGGCUACGAGUGCAGGAGGAUGAGGAGAAGGACUGGCUGAUGGUUGGCUCUGGUGCUGCACGAGCUAUUGGGGGGGAUUACAGGUACAUCAUCGGACCCGCUGCUUCAGAGGGGGAGGAGGACGAGGGGCACAGGGAGUCCCUGGACAUGGUGGACGGUGAUGACGAUGACACUGUCAUAAACGUGUGACACUUUUACUGGGCGGGUGAUCACAUGAUCAGAGGAACUGUAUUGACUGUGACCGGAGACCUCUCGGGUUUUCUUCAUUGGGGCCCUUAAAUGUGAGCAACUUAAGUUCAGGGAUGCCACAAACCGUCACCUGCGCUGAGUCACUUUUCUAAUGUAGCAUGCUAACAGCUAGCUCACGAUUGUUGGCAGUAGUUAAGGGUUUGAUUCAGGCCAGACAGGAUGGUUAUUGUGUUGCUGCUAAUGCUAAGCUAACAUGUCGAUUGAGCACCUUGCAGCUAGUUCUCAAGUCUUACAGAAGUCGGUCACAGAUUCAGGCAGACUGAACCUGUGACGGCGCAAGGUUCUCACUGGUUCUACGUCCUCAACACUGAACUUGCAGUUUGGGCAUUGUAGUGUUUUGGGUCCAACAACAUUGCUGAAGUCAUAAACUGAGCAGAGCCCACUCAGGAGAUGCUAGGCUUUUUAAAUCAGUGCUGUAUUAACAUUGUUAUUUUUCUGACAGAAUUUUAUUCAAUAAAUGGUUCUAAUGAGCGAUGACUCCAUUUGCACCCAGUGAGACUGUGCAAGGGUGGCGGUGUGGCAGGAGCUCACCUGGAUGGUUUAAGGAGGUGGAGCUUUGUAACGAUGAAAACAGGGGCGGAGUCAGACACCAUUUGUUUCAGAGGCAAGAACCUCCCGGUCUUCGCUCAUGGAUCACUGUGUGAACCUGAUUUGACUUGAUCAAGAUCAAAGGAACUCGUGGGUGAUGUCCUUUGAACCAUGUGGUGUACAGGCCUCUGAAGCAGGAUGUGGCCAAGGGGGAAAGUGGCCGGUCUAGAGGAAAACAGAAAUUCAACAUGACUGACUCUAUGACAACUUCCUGGUGGUGCCCAUCAGUUGGUUCACUGUCCCCUUCUGUGGUGGGUGUCCUUGUCCAGUCAGUCUUCAACAUCUUGCAGGCUUUGAACACAACAGAACCUACUCUUUUCUGCUUAAGAAACACCUUCAAAAGAGACUGAUAAAGUCACUAGUUUGAAUCACAAACUAGUAUUCAGAAACAGAAGAACCUUAAGGGUCAAAGUUUCAGAUUUUAUUUAGGCCUGUUUCCAACCACUGCUGUGCUGGCAUGUUUUAAACAUGUUGCAACUUUCAGGUUCGGGGGUCCCAGAGCAGCACAAGAACUCACUUUUUUUUGUCAUUCACAAGUUCACAGACAAAUUUCUUCGGUUUCUGCGUCUCAAAAGCUUUUAUUCAGACCAACAAAAGCGACAAACGUUGCCCCACAACUGAGAUCUUGAAGAAUUUAAAGAGAGGCACUUUCUCAUACGUCAGUGCCAAUUUGGAACAGGCUUUCAGAGCAGUCAUGGUUUCAUCUUGUAGGCCAUGUUGAUUUGGCAGGCGUCAUGUCACGGUUGCAUUAAUAUGUCCUCAGUGUUGUCACGUACUGAGUUGUCAGCUUUAAUGCUGACUAGUCUUGUCUUCCUACCUUGUGUCAGCUCCAUGGGGACCACAUCACAGUUGGAUGUCUGUCUCAAACUACAUGUAAAGCUUUUAAAAUUUAAAUGUUGAUCAAAGUAACAGUAUAUUCCUAAUAAAGACUAUUAUGACCACCUGUGUGAUGUUGGUCCACUGCCGCC